AGGAAAAUUUGCAUAGUCCAAUAAUAAUGUUAGAUCACUGCAGUUUCUGUUUGCUAAAUGUAAACAAAUGAACCAAACAGCAGUGAGUUUUAUUAAGCAAUUUAAGCAUAAUUCAUAAUGUAGAAAAAGUCGAUAAAAUAGACUAACCUAUUGCUACAGCACUUGACUGAAAAUUGGAAUGGCUCUAACCUUUGGAUUUGAAAGUGUAGGAUAACAACAUCCAACUAUGGUUUAGAAUGACUCAUUAAAGAAUAUAUAUUUGUAUAAAAUCAACUCCCCACAAUUCUAUAAUAAAAAUAUAGAUGUCCUCUUUGAAGAUACUUUGAUUAUUGUAUUAAGUCAUUACAUUUUCUUAUUCAUAAUAAUAUUAUUAUUCAAUGUUGAAUUUACACAUUAUUUUUAUUAUCACAGCUACCCUGGUUAGAUGUCAAUAAAUACAUUUACAUUUUGAUUAGUAAUAUCUAGAGGUCCUGAAAUUAACUUCGUUUUAUGUGACACACACAGUUCAUGUAAAACAAAAGAAAAUACCAAGUGUGAGCUAACUAAGCCAGUAUCCUGAAAGCACAUGGGAUAUGUUUAAUUUCAAUCACAAGAAGUCAAUAGUAUCAGAGGGGUAGCCGUGUUAGUCUGAAUCUGUAAAAAGCAACAGAGGUCAAUAGGAAAGCAUAUCAUUAAGCAUUUUGUCUUUGCGGGAUGAGGUGUGAAAUUCUGGCCCCAUUGAAGUCAAAGCCAAAAACUCAUUGACUUCAAUAGAGCCAGAUAUUCCCUGGCUUGUUGGUCCUGCAAUGAGUUGCACACAGGCAGACCCCUGUGGUCCUCAUUAUAGUAUCAUUUUGUAAUUUUAACCUUCACCUAUUGUUCUUAUAAAGGAUUUCCAUAUUUAUUACAUCUCAAAUAUUUCCACAUCAAAUUUGUUCAGUUUACAAUUUUUUAAGCCAACUGCCACUACUUUAAAUUCAUCAUUCAUUCUGAAAAACUGUUUUUAUAGUUUUGUUUUUUGUUCUCAAUGAUCAUCAACAAUAAUGAAUAUUGCACAGUCCAAAUUAUUUCCUUAAUUGCUCUUGGGCUACCUCAUCUCCAAAUUCUGAUCACAGUUAUAAUUGUGUGAUUUCAUGAGCCUACAAGGGGGAUGUGCAGCUACAACUGAAGCCACAGAUUUGGCCUGUAAGAACAUAUAAUUACUAGUGAUGACAAACAAGGAAAGAAUCAAGCUGAAUUUUGGAUCCCACUAGCAAGUAUUAAGGAUAGAGUGGGGGAGGAGGGAUGGAAACACAAUUUUAAAAAGUAAUCUGUAGACUGCAUUAAUUUAACCUCAAGAAUAUUGAUAAACAAAUAUGGAACUUUAUAAUGACUUUUCACAAAUGCACUAUUUAGAGUGCACUUGUAUAAUUUGUACCUUUAAUAAAUAAAGAUCCUGAUUUUUUUUUUUUUUAGUUUAAUUACAAUUUAGGAGUAGACUCCAAUGAUCCUAGGGGACUGAGAGUAAUGUCUACAGGGAUUUGUGUCCCCCCAUAAUAUAAACAACUAUAAGCCAUUACUGAAUUCGACUUUGGCUAUAGCUUUACAGUUUUAAAAGCUAUUUGAGAUUGACCUAGAGUGAAACAUUUGCAAGUACUGCUUCCAACUAUUGGUUGGUAAAUUGCUUUUUGAUUGGCUGGAAUAAAAACAACAACCAAUGGUGACAUGGUAUCUGAAGCUGACCAAUGUGUCGGUGCUGACACCAUUUGUUUCUUGUAUCAAAUAGGAAGUCAGACAGCAAAAGCUACUCAUUUGCAUACGCUCCCUAUAAAUACUAGGGUAGCUGUGCUAUCAGUAUGCUAUUGUUCUUGAGUUAUACUGCGAACGUAAACUGCUACCAUGCCAGAACCGGCAAAAUCUGCCCCUGCCCCUAAAAAGGGUUCUAAGAAAGCUGUGACCAAGACUCAGAAGAAAGGGGAUAAGAAAAGGAGAAAGACUAGGAAGGAGAGUUACUCUAUCUACGUGUACAAGGUAUUGAAGCAAGUUCAUCCUGACACCGGUAUCUCCUCUAAGGCCAUGGGGAUCAUGAACUCCUUUGUAAACGACAUCUUCGAACGUAUCGCUGGGGAAGCAUCUCGUUUGGCGCAUUACAACAAGCGCUCGACCAUCACUUCUCGGGAGAUCCAGACCGCUGUGCGUCUGCUUUUGCCGGGGGAGCUGGCCAAACAUGCGGUGUCUGAGGGCACCAAGGCUGUCACAAAGUACACUAGUUCCAAGUAAACUUUCAGAUCUUUUUUUCAGCUAUAACCCAAAGGCUCUUUUAAGAGCCACCCACCUUCUCAAUGAAGGAGCUGUAUUACUAUUUUAUUUUUAUUUACACAGAAUAGCUAGUGUAUAGAAAAAGUAGGAUUUCCUUUUCAGACAAACCCUAAAUAGAGCUUUACUACAAACUAAAGCUUUAUUCGCUCUACUUCAGUUAUUAAUUUUCUUUGGUGGUUAAAAUAGGAUGGUUUAAAUGUGUAUUGCUCUAACUCCAACUUCCCUCCUAAAAGUCACCCCCACCCCUCGCCAAGGAGCACGAAGUCAACCUAGCGCUACAGGUUUGUGUUUGAUCUUAGUCUCUAGUGUGAAUCAUAGUGGAAAUACUGUAGAGCAGGUAAGUAAGGAUAAGAAUAAGGUAUUUGAAGUCUAAACUGACUUGACUUAUUACAUUUCAUUUUCCUCCAGUUCCUGAUUUGAGGAACUCCCCAGAGCCUUGUGAGCAGG